UCGACAAUUUCUUUCUCUUUUCAGCUUAUGUUUUUUUCCCUCUCUUUUCCUUUCUAAUUCUUCCUUUUCUGACUAGAGAGCCAUGUACCCUUCAUCUUCGUCUCAACAACCCGUGGGCCAAACAGGAUUAACCCGUUACGGCUCAGCCCCGGGUUCCCUUCUUACCACCGCCGUUAAUUCCGUUAUAGGAGCUGGUUCUAACCUCGUCAGCCACUACUUCUCCGCUCACUCAUCGUCAUUAACAUCGGAGUCAACUUGUAAAGUCAGCUCAUCCAACCACCCACAAGAGCCUAAAUCUGCUGCUCCUCCUCCCCAUGGAUCUUACCCUGCACCUUCUUCUUCCUCUUUGCUCAGACAACGUAGCUCUCCCGCUGGUUUCCUACACCUCUCAACCGAAAACGGUUUUUCUGUUACAAGGGGCACCAGAAAUUAUAGCUCUCAAGGUGCUAAUCGUGGCCAUGGAGUGUCAAGAUUGAAGUCUCAAUUGAGCUUCACAAGACAAGAUUCUCUUUCUCAGAUAUCUGAAGUCAGUGAGGAUCUUGUUGAUGGUGUUAGCUCUAGCAGUAACCAUCAAAAUGCUGCACAUCCAUUUGCUGCUGCUGGCUUUGGAAUGGAUUCCUGGGAUCAUACAAAUUCCAUUGUGUUUUCUGCCCCACCAUGCAAGAGGGCUAAAAAUAUUGAUGGCGAUAGUUAUAACUGUCUAAAAGCCUUGGAAACUCAGGUUAGUAUGCCACAAACGACACUUGAGAUGGCUACAGUGGAAAAGCUGCUACAUAUUCCUGAACAUUCUGUGCCCUGUAAAAUCCGAGCCAAGCGUGGCUGUGCUACUCACCCUAGAAGCAUUGCUGAAAGAGAGAGAAGAACAAGAAUAAGUGGGAAGCUGAAGAAAUUAGAACAGCUUGUUCCUAACAUGGAUAAGGUAAUCUAUGCAGACAUGCUUGACUUGGCUGUGCAGCAUAUUAAACGCCUUCAAAAUGAUGUUCAGGAACUCCACAAAGAACUCGAAAGUUGUACGUGCGGAUGCAAACAUGGCUCAUGAUGCUUGAUGGCCAUGUCUAAGGAGCCCAGCAUUGAUCUGAUUUCCAAAUUUUGAAGGUGGGGGAUAUGCUUAGUGAAGCCAAUGCUAAUUUUGUUGUCUUAUUUUGAGUGAAUAAUGCAAAAAUAGAGGUAUAGAACUCUGAACUGUAUAUAAUGGGAUGACAUUGUUCUUUAGUUUUAGAAGAGAUUGAUUUGGAAAAUGAAAAAAAAAAAGACCCAAAUUGUAGUUUAGUGUCCCUUUGCUGUUAGAUUCAAUGUCUGUCACAUAAAAUAUAUUGAUGGCAGCGAGAAUCGAACUUCUUAAGUGUUAUCUUUUAUUUUAAGAACAUUAUACCAUAUUUUCCAUUUUGAAAUUGAGUUUGGCCAACUAAA